AGCCAAGUUCAGCUCAGUCCUCUUCCAGGCUGCGAAGAGUUAUUCUCUCCUGCUCCAUUUCCUCCCUUUUAUUUUUUUUUCCUACUUCUCUCUCAAUGGUUUUGUUUUCUCAUCUGUUUGGUCACUGCUGUGUGCCUUGUGCACGGGGAGGGGGGGAAUCCGGACACGGAGAGGAUGCGCUUUUACGCACGGGCGACAAAAAACACCUAAAGUUGUCUCCUUCUUCCACGCCGGGGAUGUUUUAGAGGAGAUCUAUAUGAUCUUUUUCUGGUUGGAGUGAACAAUGCUGCAGGUUCUUGGCGCUCUGACCGGGAGCAUGCUCUGGUUUCGGCUCCAGCUUCUACUGCUGUGCGUCGUGGAGUUUGGAUCCGGAGAGUCGACCUUCCAGGGGUUUUAUCUUCCACCUGCAAGCGGCUCGCUGCUCGCACCUGCACGGAUGACGGACGGGGUGGUGAGGACCAUCGAUCGGAUUUACAACGGUGGAGGAAAGGUGGGCUACCUCGUGUACCUGGAUGGAAAGCGCUUCCAGCUGGACAUGGAGCGGGAUGCGUCGGUGCUGUCGCAUCACUUCAGCCCGCAGUAUGUGUCCGCGAUGAUGGGACAGAGCCCCGCGCCUCUGCAGCGGGAAUGCGCGUACCGCGGGACGGUCAACUCCAUCCCGGAGUCCCUGGCUGUCUUCAGCCUCUGCGGAGGAGGUCUGGAGGGCUUCUUCGCCGUCAACAACUCGCGCUACACCAUCACUCCAAUCGUUCGCGCGAAGGGACAUGAGCGCGACCUGCGCACCCUGCACGACCGGGAUGCGGAGAGCGCGCUCCAUGUGUUCACGCGUGAAAGCUUCAGCUUCCAGGCUCUGAGCGAGGGGCGCGAGAGCUGCGGCACGCGCGACGGGAAGCGAGGGCGCAGAGACGCGGCAGGGAGACGGCGAUCCCGAGCUGGAAGAAAGGGUGGAGAGGAUGGAAGCGACGCACGAGGGAGGAGGUGGUGGAGCCUCCGCGUCAAAGAGCCCGGCGCGCGACCCAAGAGGUCAGUAUCCCGCGCCAGGCACGUGGAGCUGCUCCUGGUGGCGGACGACACCAUGACCAAGAAGUACGGCAGGGACUUGAACCACUAUUUGCUCACACUGGCCUCCAUCGCGUCCAAGCUGUACGGCCAUGCCAGCAUAGAGAACCCCAUCCGGCUGUCCGUGGUGAAGGUGAUCACGGUCACGGAGAAGGAGAAGGGGCUGGAGGUGUCCAAGAACGCGGCGGCGACGUUGAAGAGCUUCUGCAAGUGGCAGAACCAGCAGAACCCGUUGGAUGAUGACCACCAGCAUCACCACGACGCUGCCAUCCUCUUCACCAGGCAGGAUCUAUGCGGCCACCACUCCUGCGACACUCUGGGCAUGGCGGACGUCGGCACCAUCUGCUCUCCGGAGAGAAGCUGCGCCGUCAUCGAGGACGAUGGCCUUCACGCUGCCUUUACUGUCGCUCACGAGAUAGGUCACCUUCUUGGAUUGUCCCACGAUGAUUCGAAGUUUUGCGAAGACCGUUUUGGGGUCAACAGUCAAAAGCAGCUCAUGUCUUCCAUUCUGACCUCCAUCGAUGCCUCCAAACCCUGGAGCCGCUGCACCUCAUCCACCAUCACCGACUUUUUUGAUGAUGGAAAUGCCGAGUGUCUCCUCGACUCUCCUCGCCAGCCCCUUCUCGGGCCAGAAGAGCUUCCAGGCCAGAGCUAUGACGCUGUCCGACAGUGUCGCCUGGCCUUCGGGCCAGAGUACACCGUCUGUCCAGGCAUGGAUGUAUGUUCCCGCCUUUGGUGCGCCGUGAUUCGCCAGGGACAGAUGGUCUGUCUAACCAAGAAGCUUCCAGCAGUGGAGGGAACGCCGUGCGGGAAGGGCCGCAUCUGCCUGCAGGGAAAAUGUGUGGACAAGACCCGAAAGAAGCACUAUUCGGCAUCCAACCACGGCAGCUGGAGUUCUUGGGGAUCUUGGGGUGCAUGCUCUAGAACCUGCGGUGGCGGGGUGCAGUUUGCCCAGCGUCUGUGCAACAACCCAGCACCCCGAAACAACGGGCGUUACUGCAUAGGAAAGAGAGCCAUCUAUCGGACUUGUAAUGUCUCUCCACCGUGCCCGGCUUCCAACAAGAGUUUCCGUCAAGAACAAUGUGAGGUUCGGAAUGGUCCCCAGACAGACCCUAAAGGGGUGAAGACCUUCGUCGAGUGGGUGCCGAAGUAUGCAGGAGUUCUCCCUAAAGAUGUGUGCAAGCUGACAUGCAGAGCAAAAGGAACGGGCUACUACGUGGUAUUCUCUCAUAGGGUGGUAGAUGGGACCGAGUGCCGCCCUCACAGCAGCUCUGUAUGCGUGAAAGGGAAAUGCAUACGUACUGGCUGCGACGGCAUCAUUGGCUCCAAGCUCCAGUUCGAUAAAUGCGGUAUAUGUGGAGGCGACAGCAUGGGGUGUAUAAGGGUAGUUGGGAACUUCACCAAAAAGAGCAAAGGAUACACUGAUAUAGUAAAGAUCCCUGCAGGGUCCACUCACGUUAAAGUCCGUCAGCACUUGGCCAAGGACCAGACCCGCUUCACUGCCUACUUGGCCCUCAGACGGCCAGGUGGCGAGUACCUACUAAAUGGCAAGUUCAUGAUCUCGACCUCAGAGACGAUCAUCCCACUCAACGGUUCUUUGCUCAACUACAGCGGCUGGACUCAGCGAGACGAAUGGCUCCACAGCAUGGGCCCCGGGGCUCUCAAAGAAGCUUUGGUUGUCCAAAUUCUUGCAACAGAUGCAAAAAAGCCCCUUGAUGUCCGUUAUAGUUUCUACAUGCCAAGGUGGACAGCCCCACAGCAGAAUUUAAAUGCAAAGUUGACCUCUUUAAAGAGCACCACCACAGCGUCUACCACCACAAGAUCCACCACAAUCAUCACCACUACAGCUACCCCUACUCCCGCUGCUUUAGCCCUAAUGCCAACGACAACUCCUGUUCCCUCAACCCCUUCUCCAGGUCCCAAGUGGGUAACGGGACCUUGGAUGACAUGCUCCAGGACUUGUGACACUGGCUGGCAGAGCCGGACGGUACAGUGCAAAGACCAGGAUGGCAAACUGUCUAAGGGCUGCGUUCUGAAUGCCCGCCCCUCUGCUUUUAAACACUGUUUGGUGAAAAAAUGCUGAAGCAGCAGGAGAGAAUGUACAUAGAAAGACAAUUCAUUCUAUGGAUCUGCAGUGUUGGAUGUACGACUUUCAACCAGUGCAUUUAAGACAUGGAGUCUUAAAAAAGAUUAUGAAUGUUGCUGCGUAAUGUUUUGAGAUUUAAAGAUGGACUACAGAAAAUGUACAGGACCAUGUUUGACAUAGGAAUGACCUGGAAUCCUUCUAGCUAUGCAGAACAUAAGCAAAACAGAGAGGUAGCGCCCGAGCAUAGCUAAGGACUUAAGUUGCAUGCAGUUUCCACAUGGACAAUUAAUGGGUGUCUUUGCUUCGCCCUGUUAUGGCAUGAGUGUCUUUUUAAUGCUUCUAAUUGCUGUUGUCAGUCAGCUCGAACUGCUUUGUCUUUUGUCCUGAAUUAUUCUGAGACAAUAGCCCCAACUAGGGGAAGCACUCUAUAUUCUUUUUUUCCUCCUUGCACAAAAGUCUGGGUUGUUGAACAUGUCUUAACUUAUAUCCUGGAAACACUCAUUCACUGGAUCAUCAGUUAUGUUUAUGGCCAAAGAGCAGAUCAGCGUCUUCUUACAAAUAUCUGGUAAUUAAUGGGUUUCAUAUCUUCUAACUAUUAGUCAAAUUUCAUGAAAAUUUACAGAUAAGAAAAGUUCAUCUCCUCUUCCUGGAUUUAUUCUGAUCUUGCUGGGGGUUUUUUUGUUUUUCUUACAUGUUUCAGAUCAGCAGUUUGUAAAUCCAAAAGCAGUUUUGAUUUAUUAAGGGAACAUCUAACAGCUGGAUGUAAUAAUAAUAAUAAUGAUUGAAUUUUAUUGAUCUCACAGUUGAGAAAUUUACCUCUGCAUUUAACCCAUUCCCUUGGGGAGCAGUGGGGUUAAGGGUCCUGCUCAGGGACCCAGAGUGCAGGCUGUGGGGAUCGAACCGGGUACUUCCAACCUUCUAAGAAGGCACUGGUCUAACAACUAGGCCAACACUCCCCUUGCCCAUCUUUGAUAGUAACUACUGCCAUUGUAAUAUCUUUUAAAAAUGCCAGAUAGUCAAUCUGACCAAUAACUGAUAGUAGACUAGUUACAAUACAGUCAAACUGUAGGGUUUUUUUAAGGACGGGCUUCAUGUUCAAGGUCUUGUCCCCUCAUUGCCAAAUCGAUUUAAAUUUUAACUUUAACUAUGCAACUUCAAAGUCUGCUCUGGUUUUGAACAUUUUAAGCUUGUCAUUGCAUUUUAAAUCAAUGUCUUGUUGUAGGACCCAAGAUUAGCUGAGCUUAAACUUACCAUAAUACCGCUGACCGUCACACUACCACAACAAUUAGACUGUGGGCAACCUUUGUCUUGCAGUGUAGAGAAUAUUUUCCCAAAAGUCUUGAAGCUAGAUAUAUGCUUUUUGGUAAAUCUUGGUGUUCUUUAUUGUCAUCAUGACUUUGCACCUUGAAAUGUUCCAGUGUAAGAAAUUCUCAUUCUUUUUGGUCAGUUUCUUUCCUACAUCUUAAUCAUAGACGUUAAGGUCAGUGAAGUCUAUUGUUGUAGUUGAUUUUGUUUUUUACUGGAUGAGAAGUGAAUGCACUGUUAGGGCCUGAUCUUGGAAAGGUUUGGAUGUAUUAUAUGCAUAAAAGGUGCAAAGUAAUUUGUAUGUGCGAUUCGGCGUCAUUAUAAUGACCAAAAUUUUACUGCCACAGAGCCAUCUAUUUAACCUGAAAGUGAUUGCAGGUGCAGUUUUUGCAUAGUUUUUUUGCUCUUUUGAGACAUCAGGUCAUUGUAGCCACAAAGGAGGCUUUGGUACAACGCAGCAGGAUAGAGAUCGACUUUGUGCAUAUGUGGAAAUAAUAUGACUGUCAAAAAUUCAAAUAGAAAAAUAUCAAUGGGAAAAAGACAUCUGCAUAGUCCGACAAAAAUGUAUCUAGCUGGGGUGCUAACAAUAACCCUUGCCCUAAAGAUAAAUUGUGGACCAAUCACAUUGCAGUAUUAUGGUUUAAGGCAGGACAUAUAGGUGGAACAAAAACAAGAGCUUUCGAGCCCGCAGCCAUAUAUAACAAUGCACCAUAGGAGCAUAUUGGUGCAGCUGCUGCUAUCACAUCUGUGUUUCAGAAUCUUUUAAAGAGAAACGGCAAGACAACAAAACUAUGGUAUCCACUUCCAUUUAAUUUUUUACUGUGAUUGGCUAAAACCAUUCUAAAACAGGCGGGCACUAGGUGUAGCUUCCACCAAUCAGCUCGGAAGGUUCUGCUGAAUGUCUCAGAUGCGUUUAGAGCAGCCUCAGAUCGAUAAUGUCUAGAACUCAAAUGUUUUCCAAUUGAUGCAUAAAAUAUUUAUAUAAUAGCUGCUCUUUGGAUUUAUUAAGGUUAUCUUUGUCCUGUAAAAGACCUCUGCUUAUCUGAAACAUGUGGGUGUGACAAACAAGCAGCAGAAAACAUGAAAACUACAAUAUGAACUCAUUUCAUUACAAUAUGAAUCGUGUUUUUACGACCGAGUAUUAGGG